UUUUUUCUAUUUCGUAGGAAACUUUCAUGACAUGCUGGUUGAUCAGACAGAACAGUAACUGCGUUUGAUGACCAAGUCCUGCUGGAGAGUUAAGACAUAACAAAACAGAUUCCUGUUGAGUGGAUGUGUUCAAGCACCUAAUGUUUUAUGACAAUGAGCCAGAGUACAUAUAGAUGCUGUUAACUAGAUUGCUCAAGUUAAAGGUAUUAAAAAGUGCAAACAAUCAUGUGAUCAAAACAAUCUGAUAUCUUGAUAACUACCCGAAGCGCAUGAGCUACAGUCGUUUUCAGGUAUUUGAUGUUUACAAGUGAUUUUUGAAUUACAUUUCGAACACUUCGUAAGAGAAGUGUAAAUAUUUUGAGGAACAUCGUUCUGACAUAGACAGAAACAAAAUGCUUGCAGUUGUUUUACAAUAGAUGUGUUCAAAUAUUAGUGAUAGCUUCUGGUAUUUAGAGCACAGGAACGGUAGAACCUGUGUAUUUUGUGUUCAGAUAUGUGAUUUGCAUACAUAUACUGUUAUUAAUUGAUAAAAGUACAAAUCAUUAUGAAGGCUCAUGCUGGGGUAGAAGGUACUGUAGCUCGAGUAAAUUAUGUUCAUUUCUAGAGAAAAGUACAUUUGAUAAGAUCUGUCACAGAGUCCAUCAUGGCUGAAUGGUAUGAUGACCUUUUGACCUUCAUCAAUGAAGAGAAUAAGGAUGGGAUCCUGUCCAUGUUGCAGCGACUUCCGAAUAUUCCAGGCGCCAUUGAGAGACUUCGUGAAGAAUGUGCACCGCUUGUUAUAGCGUCUUGUCGGAAAGGCUAUACAGACGUGUUGCAGUUUCUGAUAGAUAAUGAUAUAGACAUUAGUAACAUAGACACACAGGAAAAUCCCAUUCAAGUAGCCUGUGAAUUUAAUCAAGUCAGUGUGCUUGAUUUUCUGUUUGAGAGAGGUGUGCCCAUUCUGCCUGGAACUAUGAAGGCAUGGGAGGAAGAAUCACCCAUCUAUAUAGCAUCAAAGUGUGGACAUUACGAUGUUAUUUAUAAAUUAAUUGAGAAAGAGCCUAAUUUGAUCAAAGAUGACCAAGUACGGAACUGUUUACUGUAUGCAGCAUGUUUAGGAGGAAAUAUAGAUGUUGUGAAGAUGUGGUUGUCACCUAGCAUAGACAUAAAUCAUCCCCUGCAACUCGUGAAGAGACUCACAGAUUGUGAAAAACUUACACCAUUAUUUGCUGCCUGUGCUGGUGGACACAAACAUGUGAUAAAGUUUUUACAGAGUAACUGUGAGGAUCUGCAGUUCUCUACAGCGGUUUGUCAGGCACACCCUGGCAUGAUUGGAGAAUACCUUCAACAGUAUUUUGAGGUGGAGCCUUCAGACAAUGAAGAUGAUUUCAUUGAGUUAUGUACUGGACAUCUGCAACGGAAGAACCUUCACAUGCUUCACACUGAUUGGUUCACACAACAUCCAUACUUUAUGACAUUAUCGGAGCUUGAUAUUAGCAACAACAGAUUAACAGAGUUACCCGAUUGUCUCCCUUGGAAGUUCCAGAACCUUAGAUGCCUCAAUGCUUCUAGAAACUUUAUAAAAUGUCUAACUUACUGUGAAGAGGAGGGUAGUGAGGAAGACUCUAUCUGUCCAAGUCUUGAAGAGGUCAACCUUUCCUACAAUAACUUGGAGACAGUGUGCCGAGAACUAUUUGAGAUUCAAACGUUACAGCAUCUGAAUCUGUCACACAACAAACUUGUGUACCUCAGCAAGUCUUUGCUUCAUCAAGGUGUAGCUCAGACAGAUAGUAUUACAGUACUGAAGCGACACUGUAAGUUUAAACAUUCAGCAAGUAUACGAGGCAGUUGGGUUCAAAUAUAAGUAAACAA